AUGAACAUCCUUCGCUUCGGGCUGGGCCCAAAUGGGAGCCGGAGCGCGGACAUCGGGAGUUGCGCGCUUGCAUACAUUAGAUUGAAUACCACCUCCCAGACGAGAGGAUGCUUCCUUGGAUCUGCCAGGCCUGCGCAUGUGCUCCCACGAAUUCUGCCCAUCCUUCGGCAGGUGGAUAAAGCAAAGUAUUCCUCUCUGCUGGGCGGGCCGCUACGAACUUCCUCGCCGGCGUCUGGCGAGUCCGAAUACGCCGAUGUGGUGGUGGUGGAGGAGGCAUCGUUUAUAAUGAGGAUGGAGUGGAAAAGGAGAAACAAGCAUAAGUCAGGAUAUAGACCCUUGGAGCUGGUCAAGUCGGUCUGGCAGUUGCUUACCGAAGAGCAUCUCAAGCGGGUGAGGGCUCACGGGAGGCAGGUCUCGGGGGCCUUUGUAUUUGGAUGCCUCGUCAACUGGCAAAAUGCGUGUCUCACCACCCCCUGCCUCCCCAAUCCCCCAAUGACGCACCGCGUCACGCAGUACAUGGUCUAGACCUGGCCUCUACCUGGC